AUACCAAUCAGAAACGCUUCAAACUAACAAUCAAAUUAAUGAACGCAGAAUUUUCCAACAAAUUAAAAGAUCCAAACUCAAGUCAAUACAAAAGCCUGAAAUCGAAACUUGAAGAUUCGAUUAAUGGCGUUUAUAGAAAGUCAACUCGCAUUAAGUUGUGGUACAUUGGCGCAAGCAUUACAGAAUUCAGAGCUGGCAGUAUUGUUGCGGAAAUGAUCAUCUCCUUGGACAGUCAGUUCAGCCUUCCACCUGAUGUAAUCGUUGAGGAAUUGAAUAAAGAGGAAUAUCUUGCUGGUUAUCAACUUGACAUGGCUUUUACUUCUGUGAAAGAUUUUGAUGAGUGCAAAAACACAGAAACCAACUUCUGCCAUGAAUAUGCUCACUGUAUUAAUGUUGUUGGAACAUACAUUUGUGAUUGUUUUGAAGGCUUCUUUGGGGAUGGAAAGAUAUGUGAAGGUCAGCCUCAAAUUAUCGCAAGAUCUCCAGAAAAUAUUACACAGUUGGUUGAAACGAACUUGACUCUUGUUUGCACCGUAAUCGGAAACCCUGAGCCGAUAAUAUCGUGGAAGCGCAGUAAAGAGCAAAACGGGGUGUUCACAGAAAUUGAGAGAACAUCGAGCAAGUUUGGUGGUAAUUACAGCAUCCAUUGGGCAAAGAUAGAGGACAGUGGAGUCUAUUUAUGUAAUUCAUCGAACAGACUUGGUUGGCAGUCAUACACUACAAAAGUCAGAAUAAACCCAGUGAUCGUUGGUGUUGAUGUUGAAAUUCAGCUUUCUAAUAAAACCUUCAACGAAGAGUUAAAAAAUAAGUCUUCGUUUGCUUAUAAAGAGUUGGAAAAAGACGUAUACGUUGAGCUCUUCCACUUCUUCAAUACCACCCCAGCCUUCAAAGACGUGGAAAUAUUGGGUUUCGUUAAAGGAAGUGUAAAGGUUAUAUUUCGAGUCGUUAUGAAAGUUUUCAAACCUUCAAAAAUAACAAAUGAUGUUGUUGCUGUUAAUCUCGGACGAAAAAUUAACAAACAAUUAAAAACAGGCCGCAUUGGAAACAUUCAGGUUGUCCCAGAAGUGUUAAAACUCAGAGUCCCCCCUCCUCCGCCAGCAAACGUCACGUAUUCCGAUGUAAGGCAGACUAGCGUACAUAUCUCCUGGGAUCCUCCUGAACUUUAUGAAAUGUUUUCAAUUGAGCGAUAUCACAUCGCCUAUUCAACGUAUGGUGCAGUAAGUUGGUCGAAUAAGACCGUCUAUGGUGACUUAACUAACAUUCGACUGGAAAACCUUAAAAGAGACACGUUCUAUGUCGUAAAAAUAAUUGCUGAGAAUGCAUACGGGAUGGGCAGAGAGAGCAAGAGAUCGGAGAUUAAAACGGAUGAAGCUGAAGAUGCUUUACCAUGGCACAUUCUCGUUCCUGUCAUUGUGCUGGCUGGUCUUUUAUUUAUGGUAUUGGCUAUCUUUCUGGCAAAGCGUGCUUAUCCACGACAGAAUCGCACCUGGAAUUUAAAAGAAGAUGGAGCCUCACGAUUAUCCGCUCAAAAAGCCUCCAUUGAAAUGAUGGAAAGUCGAAAGCAAAGACGAAAUAAAAGCACAUAUGUAAACAACGCAUUUUUGUGUGCUCCAACGAGCUCAACAUGGAAAGAACUUCCAAGCACAUCAAUUGAAAUUUCUGAUGAGACUAUAAUUUCAGAACAUUUUGGAACUAAAGUUGUGCGAGGAAUGUUUUCAACUCCCCCUGAAGAGAAUAGAAUGGAAUGUUGUAUAAAAAUCUUGAACGAAAGUGCUACAGAAGAUGAUCGCGUUGAUUUAAAGAAAGAACUACGGACAAUCUCUUCGGUAGACUGCCAUGAAAAUAUUGUUAACUUAAUUGGAGCCAGUACGAGUGAAGAUGGUCCUUUACUCUUAGUUCUUGAGUCUUGCUCACGCGGUACCCUCGAGAGCAAUCUGCGAGAUAGCGACAAAAACAACCAGAUGCUCAUGCAGAAAAAAACGAUAUGUUUGGCUAAUGAAAUUGCAAAAGGAAUGGCACAUCUUACAGACGCUGGGGUCAUUCAUCGCGAUCUAGCAGCAAGAACUGUUCUUUUAACUGAAGAUUUUACGCCAAAAAUCUCAAACUUUGGUGUUCCUGAGACUGUUCAUGAGCGGGAUCCGAACAGAAAAAUUACUUCGAGAAAUUUACCAGCUAGGUGGUUGGCUAUAGAAUCUUUAACUGAUGGACUGUACACAACUAAAAGCGAUGUGUGGUCAUUUGCGGUUGUAAUGUGGGAAAUUGAAAGUAAAGGAUGCGUUCCAUAUUUGGAAUUUGAAGUGACGGAUCUUGUUAGACAAAUAAAUGAAGGAUAUCGCUUACUAAAACCUGAAGACACGUCAGAUGAAACAUAUGAACUGAUGCUUCAAUGUUGGAAAGCCUCCCCAGAUCUCCGCCCAACAUUUGAAGAAAUUGUUGACACCCUGAAAGGCGAAUUUUUGUGACAAGUGUUCCACUGAAAUGCAUCUCUCAACAUUGGGCAUUUAGAUGGUCACAUGAAAUAAUUAUUUAAUUGCAUGAGAUUACUUUGUUUUGUUGAUUUAACCAAAAUUAAUAGCAGAUAGAUAUAUAGAUAGAUACUAUUCCGCAG